AUGGAGAGUAAACAAAACAUCACAAACCAAGAGCAGUGGGAAAUGAAGCUUAGGAGAAAUCUAGAAGAUGAUGAUUCUUUGAAUAAAGACUCAGGAAAUUCCAGCAUGCUGAAAAAACCCGUGGUUUUGGACAUGCAACAGACAUCUCAUGUUGAUGAAUACGAUUGCCCCCUAGAGCUUCAACAGGAACAGAAGCUUUUUCCAAUGUGGGCCUUGCCACUUAAAAUUGCUGCAGUUGUAUCUUUUCUGUCAUUCACUUAUACUCUAAUGAGAGAGGUCAUUCACCCUCUUGUAACAUACCAUAAACAAUACUUUUAUAGAAUUCCAAUCUUGGUUAUCAACAAAGUUUUGCCAAUGGUUUCCAUCACCCUCUUGGCACUGGUUUAUUUGCCAGGUGUGAUAGCAGCUAUUGUCCAACUUCGUAAUGGAACCAAAUAUAAGAGAUUUCCAAAUUGGUUGGAUAAGUGGAUGUUAACAAGAAAGCAGUUUGGACUUCUCAGCUUCUUUUUUGCUGUGCUACAUGCAAUUUAUAGUUUGACCUACCCAAUGAGGCGAUCCUACAGAUACAUGCUUCUAAACUGGGCAUAUAAACAGGUCCAACAAAAUAAGGAAAAUGCCUGGAUUGAGGAUGAUGUUUGGAGAAUGGAAAUUUAUGUAUCUAUAGGGAUUAUUGCACUUGCAUUACUGGCUCUUUUAGCUGUGACAUCUAUCCCAUCUGUGAGCGAUUCUUUGACAUGGAGAGAAUUUGACUGUAUUCAGAGCAACAUAGGAGUCUUUAUCCUUUUCCUUGGUACAAUACAUGCAUUGAUUUUUGCCUGGAAUAAAUGGGUAGAUGUGAAGCAAUAUAUAUGGUACACACCUCCAUCUUUUAUAAUAGCUAUUUUACUUCCAACUAUUGUCCUGGUGUGUAAAGCUGUACUGUUCCUGCCAUACUUCAGAAAGAAGAUUUUGAAGAUCAGACGUGGUUGGGAAGAUGUCAGGAAAAUUAGUAAAACUGAGAUGUCUUCUCGUUUAUAAAAUUACUGUUUAUACAUUUUUGUUAAGUAUUGAUUAAUUCUACCAAAAAUAUGUCAAUCUAUUUCUUUAAUAAAAGGAUGUUUGGGAUAUAAA